AACGGGUGCGCGAGCGCAGAAUGCCGCAAGAGCCCGACGUACGCGCACGCACUGUGCACCCGUGGUCAAACCGGAUCGAAUAGUGACAAAGCAAGUGGAGAUUAAAUUGAGUUAAAAAGUGAACAUUGGAGAUCAAACCCGACGCGUCCAGGUCCUCCGUGACUCAUGGCCCAGUACCAGUUCUUGUAUUUGGUGGUUGCGGCUGCUUUAGGAACAGCACCAUGCCAGAGUCAAAACUCGUUGCAAGACACGAUAACACAAGAUGCAACACCACCUAGCUUAUUGAAAGAGGUAGAAGACAACAGCCGAUACAAGACUUUGGAGGCAAAUGCAACGCUCUUGAAGCUUCUAGUUGACGACAAAGAUGGAGUGAGCAGGUCCGAAGUAUUCGACAUGUUGCACUCAAAAGACGACACCCCCGCUUUACCAACAUUCCCAGAAGAUGCUGAAGACGGUAAAGUUGACGUGCCGGUUGUACCUGAUUCUCAAGCUGAGUUCCUUCAAGCAGAGGAACCAGUGCGCAAGGAUUCUCAGAGACGAUACGCGGGGACACGUGGCGAGCCCGUCGGCACCGCUGCAGGCAUUAUGGUUGCGGUUACCUGCAGCAUCGUCGUUCUCGCUUACUCUGCCCUUAUUGUAUGGAGACGGAUAUACUUGAAGAAAAAUGGAUUAAAGCACGAACUCUUACGAAAUGAAGAAAUUGUCGCUGAAACAAGAAUUGAGUUGUGAAGACUACGUUCGUUCUUUCAAUACUUUACAUAUUUUUGUCAAAUCAAGUAUUGACGUAAAUGUAUCGAGCCACGAAGUUAUAUAAGAGUUUUUAAAAUAACAAGACUGAAUUUGAUUAAGAAAGAUAAUAUUUUAGAUGUAUGACCUAAUA